AUGGAGAACCAACCCCCAUCUAAAUCACUGGCUUCACGCAUGAAGGAGUACGAAGCAAUAACGGAGAUCCACCUCGAUCCAUCCAGGCCUGCCAUCCUCCGACUCGACGGUCACUCGUUUUCCAAGUUCACAGCGUCAUUUGCGAAACCAUUCGAUGAGCGAUUACACACCGCCAUGGUCAAGACUUGUGCUGACCUACUUGGCGCAUAUUCAUCAGCCAGUUUGGCGUACACGCAGUCAGAUGAGAUCACUCUUGUGUUCCCAGAUGGCGUCGGUAGCCAGUUUAAUGGCCGUGUCACAAAGAUUGCCUCGCUGGCUGCGGGACGUUGCUCUGUCCAUUUUUACUCGCACCUCGUGGACGCACUGGUUGAGACACCAGAACCACCCGUCAAGGGCUUUUCCCCACUCCCUUUUCCUCAUUUCGAGAACCAGACACUUCCUCACUUCGAUGGUCGCCUAUUUAACGUCCCAAACGUUGAAGAGUGCCUGAGCAAUGUCAUAUGGCGAUGCCGCGGCGACGCCAUCCGGAACAGCGUAUCAGGCUUUGCAAGGAGUCUUUUCACAACAGAGGAGCUACACGGAAAGAACAAAGACGACAUGCUCGAGAUGGUCAAGAAGAAGGGCUUUCCGUAUGAGCGGUCUGUGCCAAAGUGGGCUCUAGAGGGAUCCAUGGUAAAGAGAACUCUGGUCAAGAUGGCAGCGGUAGAUCAGAAAACCGGUGAAACAGUCGAGGUAGUGCGGACGAGGACAAGGUGUGAGGAUAGAGGAAUAACAGAGUUCUCGGACGAGAACUUGGCUCUGGUAAGGGAUAAAUACUGGCCUGAGGCAUGA